UAAGGGCCUAGGAUUCGAGCUACUUCCUGUGCGGCUCGGGCUGCCGCCGAGGACGGAGCUUCUGUUCAGGUCCAAGGCCCAAACAUGUCUGUGGAGGAGCUGAAGUAUGUUGCCAUCCUCACUGGCUCAAUCCCCGUUGGAUUCUGCUUGAAACAGACCGGGAAGCUGGGGAGACAGAUCAGCGCCACGCUGAUCGGGUUCACUAUUGUGGCGGCAACCUGUGGCCUUCACACCUUCCAUUCGCUCCUGUGCAUCUUCAUCACCUGGGCAAUCAUCAGGUUCUGCACCAGAUACUGCUACCAGCUCACUCUGGCCUGGAUGUUCUCGUAUCUUCUCCUCUUCCGCAUGCUGGGCUACCUGGGGCUGCCAUCCCCCACUCCCUUCGCCAAUGCCGUCCAGCUCCUGCUGACGCUCAAGAUGGUGAGCCUGGCGGCAGAGUUGAACCCGGUCUACCUGGAGGCGUUGAGCCGGGGACGGACUCCCCCUGGUCGUCAUCCGCUGGACGGAGUGAUGCCCGGACUACGGGAGAUUCUCUGUUACAGCUACUGUUAUCUGGGCAUUAUGACCGGGCCGUUCUACCGCUACCGGACAUACCGUGACUGGGUGCAGAAUUCCCACCUGCCUCACGUUCCGAGCUGGCAUCCUCUGCUCCAUCGCCUGUCACUGGCCCCACUCUAUGGGCUGGCAUUCCUGCUUUUCUCCCACCUUUUCCCACUGGACUUCGUCCGCACGGCCGACUUUGCCCGCAGCAGCUUUGCCUACGCUCUGCUCUACACGGCCGCCCUCUUCCUGACGUUCCGCCUACGCUUCUAUGUGGCCUGGACCUUUGCCGAGGGAGCGUGUAUCGCCUCUGGGCUUGGGGCGUACCCGGUGUCUGCCCGCUCGCGACCAGGAAACGGACCCACCAAUCCCAGCUACACUGACAGCGAGCCACAGGAUUACGACUACGAGACAAUCCGUAACAUUGACCCGUACAACACGGACUUCUGCAGCAGCGUCAAGGAUGGGAUGAAAUAUUGGAACAUGACGGUACAGUGGUGGCUGGCCACGUACAUCUAUCACCGUGCCCCCGUCAAGGCCAAGCUGCUGAGGAUCGGCUGGACGAUGUUUGUCAGUGCUUUCUGGCACGGCCUGCAUCCCGGAUACUACCUGAGUUUCCUGACCAUCCCGGUGUGCCUGGCAGCGGAGGGGGCGAUGGAACGAGGAGUGCAGGCACGCCUGGGGGCUGGCUACCCCCUCCGCGCCUACAGCUGGCUGCAGUGGUUCUGGAAGAUGCGUGCCUACGACUACAUGGCGGCUGGCUUCGUGCUGCUGACGCUGCCCGACACGCUGGCUCACUGGCGCCUGCUCUACUUCUACCAGCAUCUCCUCUGCCUGGCUUUCUUCAUUGUGGGCUACGCCCUCACCCCCCGGUCCCGGUCCGGGGGAAUCCGACCCCCACCACCCCUGUCUGCUACCCCCAUCCCCUUCACCCCUCCGCCUCCUGCCUCCCCCAGACCCGAAGGUCAAGAGCAAGGUGGAGUUCGCCGGCGGGGGUCCCAGAGGGAGUAGUGAGAACAUUUUAUGUGGUCAGUGGGGUGGGGAACUACAAUUCAGGGCAGUGGAUCUCUUGGGAAUGAUGAUGGGGAGCACACUGUUAUGCCCACCUCCCCCCCAACUACUUCCUGUUGGUGAGGCUCUAUCCAUUCAGUACAGGCUCUGCCAUAAAACUAAAGCCUCUAUUGCCACUAACUCUGCCCCUCUAUCCUUGUCCCACCCCUCCUUUCUCCCAGAGAAACCCCACCCCGACACCCAGAAUUAAAGCCUUUACCACUAACCCCUCCUCUCUCCUCAAAACCUUGCCCAUUUACCCCUGGCCCCUCCUGUCUCCUGUUCCCCAGCCACCAUUUCAUGGUAAAUCAGCCCCUUGUUCUUAUAAUCGCACCCCUUUACACUUACCACACCCACUUCAACCCAAUGAAUCCCCUCCCACCCACCAGCUGAAACCCCGUCCCCACCCACUGUCCCAAUGAAGACCAACUUUUCCCCCUAUCUCCACCCACCAUCCCCUGUAACCCGUGAACACCCCUCCCCUCCACCCUCCACUCUGGGUCCUGCAGGUUGUCCAUCUGUUCCCCCGCCCCACCUGACCACCGAACACCCCCGACAUCUUGUUUGUGCUUCCACCGUCCUCGUCCUCGUCCUCACACUCCACCCCCACACUUCACUGCUGUUUCUGUACUCCCAGCAUGUGCCUGCUUCAGGUGGGCCUAUCCUCCAGGUCGAUCUGCUUAAAACGGUCAACAACUCCUCUGUCCUGAAAGCCCCUCUACAAUUGCCAGUAAUCAACGUCCCCAUGACCCCAGGGUUAGUGAGAGAGGGGAUGGCAUAUCAGCCAGGGUUCCUGUUCCCCAUCACUGCCCAGUGACCCUGGGGUUGUGGGGGUCCCAGCACAGGAGUGACAUAUAUCACUGUGUAUUGUUCUAUAUUUUUGUGUGUGUGUGAGUUACAUUGUUCAUCUGGAGCCAGUGCCUUGGUAACCAUGAUUGGUCAGGUGCUGCCCAGUUUCUCCUUGUCUCUGCCUCACUCUGCACCCAGAUGCCCUGUAUCCACAACUGUGUGUGUGUGUGAGAGAGAACUCAUCGACACCCCAGUCUCCCACUUCUGAGCUGCCUCUGUGUGUAAAACACUGAAUCUGCACUAGCAUUGUCUCUGCCCUUAUCUCCCUAUGCCUGUAACAUUGUAUCGGCACAGCCGUCUCCACCUACGUGUGUGCGUACCGCAUCAGUACAAGCGAACCCUGUGACUGUUCUCCUGUAGAGAGUGUGUGUGUGAGAGAGACUAUCUGCAAGGAGGUGGUGCCAUGCUGGGUCUCUCUGCCUGUGUGUGUGUGUGUGUGUGUGUGUGAGAGAGACAGUCGCUGAAUAUUGCCAAUCUGAGUUAUUUACGAUUUUGUAUGUUUUUUUUAAUAUAUAAACUAUAUAAAGAAGAUUGUGACUUUUGUGUUGGUGUUAUAUUGCUAUAGCUCAGGGUCCUCAGUUCCUUCUCAGGUGGGGCAGAUGUGUGUACUGUGGUACUGAAGCAUUACGUCUCAUAUUCACCAGUGCUGUUACUGAAGGAGGGGUGCACGGGGGUGGUGUCGGGGUGGUGCGGUAUAUGCUAGUUUGCAGAAGACAUCAAAAUCGGUAGUGUCGUUGAUACUGAAGACAGUUUUCAGGCUUUACAGACCUGGGAGGUGGGCCAAGGGAUGGCAAAUGCAGUUUAAUUUGGAUCAAUUUGUGAAGAUCUGUCAGCUCAAUAUUCCGGGGUUCUGAUUUAGAUGUGACAGUGGGAGGGAUUAAAGGAGGAAGGAUUGCGUUACUAGUCAAGGAAUAUGUCACCAAAGUGCUCAGUCUGGACAGACUGGAGAGUUUGUGUGAGAGGUGGAACUGAUAUGACCACAUUAAUGGAGCUAUAUUACAGACCACCCAACAGUCCGAGGGAUUUGGAGAAACAAAUCUGUAGAGAGAGAGCAGACUGCUGUAAGAAACACAGGUAGCUAGAGUAAGUGAUUUUAACUUCCCACAUAUUGGCUGUGACUGUAAUAUACUGUAAAAGGACUACAUGGGAUAGAAUUUUCAAAUGUGUUCAGAAAAGUUUUCUUGAUUAAUUCGUAGAAGUCCCAACACGAGAGUGUGCAACACUUGAUCUGCUAUUAAGGAACGAGACAGGGCAGGUGACGGAAGUUUGUGUAGGGAAUACUAGUGAUCACAAUGCCAUUCAUUUCAAAGUAAAUAUGGAAAAGGGGAGGUCUGGUCUGUGGACUGAGAUUCUAAAUUGGAGAGAGGCCAAUAUUGAUGGUAUCAGAAAGGAUCUGGCAAGUGUGGAUUGGGACAGUCUGUUUCCUGGCAAAUGGAAAGUCAGAGUCCUCUAAAGUCCUAAUUUAGGAGUGCAAAGCUUGUUUGUGCCUGUCGGAAUAAGAAGUAAAGACAUCAGGUGUAGGAACCUUGGUUUUCAAGCGAUAUUGAGGCCCUGGUUACGCAAAAAGAGAUGUGCAUAGCAGGUAUAGGCAGGAAGGAACAAAUAAAGUGCUUAUGGGGUACAAGAAGUGGAAGAGAACACUUAGGAAAUAAAUCAGGAGGGCUAAAAGAAGACGUGAGGUUGACCUAGCAUAUAAGGUGAAGGAGAAUCUGAAUGGACUGUACAGAUAUGUUCAGAGCAAAAGGAUUGCAAGGGACAAAAUUGGUCCUCUGGAAGAUCACAAUGGUAAUCUAUAUGGGGAGCUGGACACGAAGGCUAUAGAAGUGAGGCAAAGCACCACCGAAUUCAUGAACACGAUACAGAUUACAGAGCAGGAGGAGGUGUUUGCUGUCUUGAGGCAAAUUAGGGUGGAUAAAUCUACAGAGCCUGAUAAGUGCUCCCUCAGAUGCAGUAGGAGGGACGCAGAAAUUGCUGGGGCUCUAGCAGAGAUAUUUAAAUCAUCCUUAGUGACAAGAAAGGUGUUAGAGGAUUGUUGUUCCACUGUUUAAGAAAGGUUCUAUACUUAAACCGGGAACUUACAGGCCAGUGAGACUGACAUUAGAUGUGGGGAAGUUAUUGGAAGGUACUCUAAGGGGUCAGACAUGUGAGCAUUUUGAUAGAUGUGGACUUAUUGAGGAUACUUUACUUUUAUACUUUAUUGUCGCCAAACAAUUGGUACUAGAACAUACAAGCAUCACAGCGAUAUUUGAUUCUGUGCUUACAUUAAAAAUAGUUCAAAUUAGUAAAUAUUAAAAAUUUAAAUUAUAAAUCAUAAAUAGAAAAAUGGAAAGUAAGGUAGUGCAAAAAAACCGAGAGGCAGGUCCGGAUAUUUGGAGGGUACGGCCCAGAUCCGGGUCAGGAUCCGUUCAGCCAUCUUAUCACAGUUGGAAAGAAGCUGUUCCCAAAUCUGGCCGUACGAGUCUUCAAGCUCCUGAGCCUUCUCCCGGAGUGAAGAGGGACGAAAAGUGUGUUGGCUGUGGGUCGUGUCCUUGAUUAUCCUGGCAGCACUGCUCCGACAGCGUGCGGUGUAAAGUGAUACACUUUAGUGGGAUAGUCGGCGUAGCUUCCUGUAUGGUAGGUUAUGUCGAGCCAAUCUUAAAGAGUUUUUCAAGGCAGUUUCUAGGAAGGUUGUUGAAGGCAAGGCAGUAGAUGUUGUCUACUUGGACUCUAGCAAGGCACUUGCCAAGGUCCCACGUGGGAGGUUGGUCAAGGAGGUUCAGUUGCUUGGCAUUCAGGAUGAGUAGUAAACUGGAUUAGAUAUUGGCUUUGUGGGAGAAGUCAGAGAGUGGUAGUAACUAGGUGCCUCUCUGACUGGAGGCCUGUGACCAGUGGAGUGCCACAGGGAUUGAUGCUGGGUUCACUGUUUGUCAUCUAUGCCCAAUGAGAUUAAUUAGAUCAACAAACUUGAGAAUGGCAUUAAGUUUGAGGGUGUAUGGGCUGCAGGGAAAUCUAUCAGAGUUCGCAGCUGGAAUUUAACGUGGAUAAGUGUGAGGCACUUUGGUAGACCAACCAGAGUAGUUCAUACCCAGGGAAUGGCAGGGCAGCGAGGAGUGUGGUAGAACAGAGGCAUCUGGGAAUUCAUUGAAAAUGAUGCCAUAAGUAAACAGGGCCAUAAAGAAAGCUUAUGAGUACAGGAGAUGGGAUGUUAUAUUGAAGUUGAAAACAUGUUGGUGAGGCCUAAUUUGGAGUAUUGUGCGCAAUUUUUGUCACCUACCUACAGGGAAGCUGUAAAUAAGGUUGAAAGGGAACAGAGAAAAUUUACAAGGAUGUUGCCAGGUCUGGAGGACCUGGGUUAUAUGGAUGGAUUGAAUAGAUUAGGACUUUAUUCUUUGGAAUGUAGAAGAUUGAGUGGAGAUUUGAUAGAAGUCCACAUGGCUUUCUCUCCCCACUCCCAUUUUCUCCUUGUACUGCGUAUCCGGUGAUCCGUCAAUUAAAUUGAUAAAGUUUGCAACAGGCUCUAAUGGGGACAUCUCUAUUUCCCUCAUUAGGGGGAGAGAGAGCUGGUGGUAUGUUGAAUUACUGGGUGAACAAGUAGUCUUUGGGGGUUCUGCAAGUUUGUGUCCUCAUUGAUGCUUGAGUGUUU